GUGACUGCUUUCUCAUCCUCCUCAGGCACCCCUAACUCGCCAUGCCAGUUGCCAGGAGCUGGGUGUGUCGCAAGACCUAUGUCACCCCGAGACGCCCCUUUGAGAAGUCGCGCCUCGACCAGGAGCUCAAACUCAUCGGAGAGUAUGGUCUCCGUAACAAGCGAGAGGUGUGGCGUGUGAAGUUCACUCUGGCCAAGAUCCGCAAGGCUGCCAGAGACCUGCUCACGCUCGACGAGAAGGACCCCAAGAGGCUGUUCGAAGGCAACGCUCUGCUGCGUAGACUGGUGCGUAUCGGAGUGCUGGACGAGGGCAAGAUGAAGCUCGAUUAUAUCCUGGGCCUGAAGGUGGAGGACUUCCUGGAGAGGAGGCUGCAGACUCAGGUCUUCAAACUGGGGCUCGCCAAGUCAAUCCACCACGCCAGAGUGCUGAUCAGACAGAGGCACAUCCGCGUUCGUAAGCAGGUGGUGAACAUCCCCUCCUUCGUGGUGCGCUUGGACAGCCAGAAGCACAUUGACUUCUCCCUGCGCUCCCCGUACGGUGGCGGCAGGCCUGGCCGUGUGAAGAGAAAGAACGCCAAGAAGGGCCAGGGAGGGGCCGGAGGAGCUGACGAGGAGGAGGAGGAUUAAGCUGAGGAGCCGGGAGCAGACCCCUCCAUCCACCCCGGGCAUCGGGGAAAAGAAUACAAAAUAAAUCUUUCUUUUGGAACAAGA